AUGAAUAAAGCAUCAAUUACAGUUGAAAUAAAAGAACACUUUUUGGGAUUCUGUCCUAUAACAAAUACUACUGAUGAUGGUUUAACAAAUUUCUUAUUAGACUAUUUAGAUAAACAAAAUAUAGAUAUUCAAGAUAUGCGAGGUCAAGGGUACGACAAUGGGGCCAAUAUGAGAGGAAAACACAAUGGUCUUCAAAAAAAAAUUUUAGAUAUAAACUCGAGAGCGUUUUAUAUCCCAUGUUCCUCUCAUACUUUAAAUUUAAUUGUUAACGACGCCGCAAAUUCCUCAUUAGAAAUUUGCAGCUUCGUUGAUUUAAUUCACGAAAUUUAUGUGUUUUUUUCUGCUUCGCCACAUCGGUGGCAUGUAUUUAAAAAUGAAUGCCCAACGUUGACAUUAAAACCACUUUCAGAUACUAGAUGGGAAAGUAGGGUUGAAGCUGUCAAAGUUUUUAAAUAUAAUUUACCAUUGGUGUAUGACGCUUUAUAUGAGUUAUACAGUGACUCUACAACAAAUGCUUCUACUAGAAACACAGCAAAAUCUUUACUUACGAAAAUAAAAUCGUUCAAAUUUGUAUGCUCGCCGCUUAUAUGGUACAAUAUAUUAACUAAAAUUAAUAUUGUAAGCAAACUAAUGCAAGAAGAACAUGCAAUAAUAUCCACUAUUAUUACUAUGCUGUCUGAUCUAGAGUCAUAUUUAAUGGAAUGUCGUACAGACAAAAUAUUUGCCACCAUUUUAAAAGAAGCAGAGUUAAUAGCAAAAGAAAUGGAUUGCGAUUGUAAGUCUCCUGAUGCGAACACAAUACGACCCCGCAAGAAAAAAAAAAUCAUUUGA